CCUUUGAUGUAUAUGUAUAAAAACCUUAAACUCCAAAACUAACACAUAAAGAAAAAUCUCCAAUGGAGCACCACCACCAAAAGACUACAUCUAGAGACAUUUUCUCCGACCAAGAUUCAGAUUUCCAAUUCGAAUUCGGAUGUUUCACACCAGAUUCUCCUUCAACUGAUCCAUUCAAGGCCUCACCAGCUGAUCAUCUUUUCUACAAUGGCCGUCUCUUGCCUCAUUCUUUUCCAGUACAAACACCCACAACGACUACGCUUCUCGUCGACUCAAUAUCUCGAGCAUCUAGCAGAAACAGCAGCGUAAGCAGCAAAGGUUCCCUCGUGUCAUCAAGGAGCAAUAGUGUUAAUAGCAGUAGAAGCAGUGUUAGCAGCAGCUCCAGAACAAGUUGGAGCAGUGACUAUUCUCAAAGGAGAUUACUUUAUCAUAGUACUAAGCUUGCAAGCAGAACGCCUAUGGCUAGUAAAGUUGUAAUGGCACAAUUUUAUGGCUCUUCUCAACGGUGGCAACAUAUCGUGUCUGUGCCGCCUGCCAUGAAACGUGAGGAUUCAAGGAGAAAAAAUGUUGGGGUGGCUGUGGUGAACCCAGGGUUGAUGAACAAGAAAGACAGUGAUCAUCAAAAAGAGAAAAAAGGUAAGUCAUUGGGGAUUUGCCGGAAAAUUUUCAGAUCAUUUUUAGUAGCCUGCAGAGAAUGUCAUGCCAUAGAGCCUUCAAGAGAAGAGGAUAUCUUGCAGGGAAAUGUGAAGCUACAAUAAUUUUAUAAGUGUUUUGUUCUUUUCCUUAUUUUCUUGGAUGAAUAUGCACAUGAUUUGGUUGGAAUUUUGGGUAAUUUUUUCUUGAUUAUUACCAGAAGUCUCCAAUUUUUGCUCCUCAAAA